AUGGCCCCUCAAGACGACCCCGCCACCACCCACGCGACGACCACGCUGUCCAAGAACAAGUACAACCGCGUGAAAGACGACUUUACGAAUGACACGGAGAAGCUCGAGAAGAUGGCGGCGGCCGUCAAAGUCCUCUUGGAGUGCAUGGGCGAAGACGUCACGCGCGAAGGUCUCCUCAAGACCCCCAUGCGCAUGGCCAAGGCUCUCAUGUAUUGCACGAAGGGCUACUCCCAGCAACUGUCGGACGUCCUCAACGAAGCGGUGUUUACGGAAGAUUACUCGGAAAUGGUCAUUGUGCGCGACAUCGAGCUGUACUCGCUGUGCGAACACCACAUUGUGCCAUUCGUGGGCAAAGUGCACAUCGGGUACAUCCCCAACGGCAAAGUGCUCGGCUUGAGUAAACUCGCGCGCAUUUCGGAUGUGUUUGCGCGCCGCUUGCAAGUCCAGGAGCGCCUGACCAACGAGAUCGCGCGAGGCCUGAUGGAAGCGGUGGGCGCAUUGGGCGUGGGGGUCGUGAUCGAAGCCUCCCACAUGUGCAUGUGCAUGCGUGGUGUCGAAAAGAGUGGCGCGUCGACUGUGACCAGCUGCGUGCUGGGCAACUUCCAGUCGGACCCGCGCACCCGAUCCGAAUUUAUGAGCCACGUCCAACGCCGUUUUUAA